AUGGCGGCCAAAACCCCCCUCAUCACCGUCCUCGGCUCCCUGAACAUCGACCUGGUCUCCUACGUGCCGCACCACCCGCUCCCAGGCGAGACUCUCACAUCCAAUUCCUUCGCCGUGUCCCCCGGCGGCAAAGGCGCCAAUCAAGCAGUGGCCUGCGCAAAGCUAUCGCGGUCCCGCACCCACACUACCUCUUCCACCACAUCCCCCUCCCCAUCAUUCACCACAACCACCACCUCAUCCGGCGAAACAGCACGCAUCCGCAUGCUCGGCGCCGUAGGCGCCGACACCUACGGCGAUAUCCUAACAGCCAACCUGGCCUCCCACGGCGUCGACGUCUCCGGCAUCUCAUCCUCCGACCGCGCCCUCAAGACCGGCGUAGCCCUCAUAAUCGUAGACCAGCCCACAGGCCAGAACCGCAUAAUCCUCUCGCCCGAAGCAAACCACAGCCUAACCCCCUCUCAAUUCACCUCCCUGCCCGGUCCGCGGCCAGACCUGCUGAUAAUGCAGCUCGAGGUCCCGCUGCCCACCGUGCUAGCCGCCCUCCAGGCCGCGCGCAACGCCACCCCGGGCCCCGUACCCGUGCUCCUGAACCCGGCGCCGGCGCAGGAGCUGCCAGCUGAGGCGUAUGAGGGGCUGGCGCAUCUGAUCGUCAACGAGACCGAGGCGGCCGUCCUGGCCGGCGUGCCGGAGUCGGAACUCGAGUCCAAGGACGGGCUCGCGCGCGUCGGGGACACGUUCCUGGGCCGCGGGGUCAGCAACGUGAUAAUCACGCUGGGCGGGCGGGGCGUGUUCUACAUGAGCGCCGCCGGGGGCGCGGGCGAGAAGAGGGGACUGGUGCCGGCCGAAAAGGCCGAGGUCGUCGAUACGACGGCCGCGGGCGAUACGUUCGUGGGGCAGUACGCGCUCGAGGUCGUGGGCGGCGCGUUCGAUAUCGCCGUCGCGGUGAAGAAGGCGAAUCGCGCGGCCGCGAGGACGGUGGAGAAGUUGGGCGCGCAGGACUCGAUUCCGUGGCGGGAUGAGCUAUGA